CAACGAACAAAGCUGUCUCUCAGAUAAAGAACGCAAGAAAAGGAGAUUAAUAAGAAUUUAAGAAAGCAAAAGAAGAUAAUAUCUGCAUUAAGUUUCUAACCUACCUGACAUCGUGUACUGACCAAGUACUCUUCUCAAGUGCGAAAUAAAGCAAAAAAAACCCAGAACAACAAUGGAAACUGCCGCAAUUCUCGCCGUCCUCUUCAAUGUCGUGUUGCUGUGCCAAGGCCAAUCCUACCGGUCUUCUCUGGACAGCCGACUUCUCCUAUCCGACAGAAAUCCAUCACUCCUUGCACGCAACCAGCGGCUCGGAGGAGGGUCAAGCUACACAAAUGGUCUCCUGGGCAAUAUAGCUGCGGGCCCAUCUCGUUCAUCUUGCUUUGAGCGAUGCCAAUCUGCCUAUCUCAACGGCGGUCAGACGAUCGUGAGGGGAUGCGCGUGCUCCCAAUUCGACUUCACCACGUCCCAGAGACUCGGCGGAGCUCUCAUUGAUAGCGUCAACUGUGAUUGCCCACUAGGAACUGUUUGCGAACUGGACUUUGGCGUAAGGCGCUGUGUCCCCAGGACCUCUGUCAAUGGCGGACGAUUGGGCGGCUCCUACAGCGGAUCUCGUCUCGGAAAUAGACUUUCUUCUCGUCAGUGCGGCGUCUUGUCCCCUCGCUGUGAAGUCAUUUCUCUGGGCAGUCUGAGGUCAGUGACAUAUCGCUUCACCUACGACUACUCUCUGGGUACCUGCGUGAGAGUUCCUGUACGCUCUAUCUGCUUCGCCCAGGGAAGGGCCAACAACAUUUUCACAUCACAGAGAGAGUGCCGUCUUUCUUGCCAGGAAACUCUUGGUGCAUUGACUUACUAAUUUUCCGUAUUCAUUCUGAUUUCCCAUCUUGGAAGAACCUCCCCUCACCCACGACUUUUCUUUGUCUUUUUUUUUGUUCCUUUUUAGAACCACAAUUUAUGAAAUUUUUUUGUUUUUUCUUUUUUCAAAAGAAUGAGAACAUUGACACAAUUGUAUAUUUUGAACCUGUAUUUGAAUUUUGCCCUUCGAUAUUUCAUUAAAGUUAAAGUCUUUGUUUACAGACGAUCCUUUACAAUACCAUUGUAACGUCAAAUUAUAAGACUAAAUUCUAGGACUGAAUACCGCAGAAAUAAUUUUAGGAAGCAUUGAGGUAAACACUAGGCCUACUGAGAGAACUGGAACCAAUGUCAUAGGCUUGUCAACAACUAAUCCAAUGCAAAGUGAAGCAAAAUUGAGUCUCAACUUUUAGGUGAAGCAAUCUCUUUUCAAACUCCAUUCCAUACACAUGGCAAAGACUAGUACUCCCCUCCCCUCUUUUUAGCCUCGUUUUCUUUGUUCAUUAUCAAAAGUAAGAGUAAUAAUAAUGAAUGAUUCAAAGCAAACUAAUAAUACGACCAGUUCGAUAUCAUUGAGAGGUAAAACUUUCCCUCUCUUUCCCGUGCUUUAAUGUUCUUUCCCGCUUACAGUCCCUUUCAUGAUCAAGUAUGAAAUGUAAAAAAGCACAGUACUUUUGCAUAUUAUUUCGCCACUUCUAUCUUGUACAUGUGUGACUUUAAAACGUCCCAUUCGCUUCCAGAAACAAGAUCUGUAUCCCUUUACUUUAAAAAAGCAUCAUCAUGUGAUAAUAUGUGAUUUUUUACUUUUUUUACAGAGCGAAUAAACACAAUUUAUUACAGUUUC